CGAGUGGACGCAGAGCUAGCUCCCGCAUAUCGCGGUAAUGGAAUAUACGAUCGCAUGGUUGUGUAUGAUGGAUUGAUGGGUAUACAAAGUGAGCCUGUGUGAGAGAUGAGUGUGGUCGUGUGCAGUGAGAAUUGAUUGCUGAAAUGGCGGUGGUGAACAGCCUGUCACAAGUCUUAAUUGUCUACAUGUAUAUGUGGAGCUGCGCUGCCAGUGGUUGUCGGUGCAAAAGACAUGGCUCGAUAGGCGCUGUGAUGGAAUCGAGUGAAUGUGCAGGGCGACUGUGAGAGGCGAAAGCGGUGCGGGACGUGCAGCGCUUGUCAGCCAACGCUCUAAGGGCCGGGUCGCUCUUGCAUUGCAUGCACCGCGACUGCCAACGACGGCUCCGUCUGAUUCCCAUGUAGGCAGUCGCUCACGUCAAAAUUCCUUUUCCCACCUGCAGCUGGCCGUAGAGUCAACGCACCCGCCAUGGACCGACCGUCACAAACCCCGCCCGCCACGGCUCGCCCGAGGAACUCUUCGUCGUCCAUCUCGUCGACCCAUGCCGCGAGCACCUCGCAGCAGCCUGCCAACAUGGCCGCGAGCCCCCGGGCGGCACGGGGCGGCACCCCCACUGCGAGCCGCUCCGCGAGCAAGCUGGCCGACGCAGACAAGCCGACGCGGGCGGCGAGCAAGGACAGCCUCAAGCAGAAGAUGCUGAAGAAGCCCGAGGAGGUGCCCCAGCCGAGCAGCCCAGACGAGCAGCUGACGGCGCUCAAGGCCGACUUCAGCGACCUGCGCUCGCACCUCACCUGCAAAAUCUGCGACCGCCUGCUCUACCAGCCCUACACCAUCUCGUGCGGCCACACGUACUGCUACACUUGUCUCUGCACGUGGUUCGUCAACAACAAGACCCGCAAGACAUGUCCCGACUGUCGCAUCCUCGUCAAGGAGCUGCCGGCCCCCGCAUAUGUGAUCCGCGACAUGACGGGCGUCUUCAUCAACCGCGCCGAGCUCAUACCCCCCGGCGAGACCAUGGAGGAGCACCUCAAGUGGCAGCAGGAGGAGGCCGACGCCGUGCAGCUAGACAAAGACAACGCCGACCCCCGCACCGGCGGGCUCUUCAAAGGGAGCUUCAAGGCACUCCAGCACCCCCGCCCCUCACUGCACGUGAUGCGCGACGAGGAGGACGGCGUGGACCGUUGUCCCGUGUGCACGUGGGAGCUCGAGGACGGAGGAUGCACACAGUGCGGGCUGAUCUUCGACGAAUCCGGCGAGCUCUCGUGGGGCGACAGCUUCACCGGGUUUAGCGACAUGGACGACAUGUCAGAGCAGGAUCCGGAGCUGGACGCUGAGAUGGAAAUGGAGGAUGGCGACUUUGAAGGCUUCGAGGAUCCCAUGGAGAACUGGCAGGACUACCUCCCCCACGGCUCGUUCGUCAUGCGGCGAUUUCUGGGCGCGGGCGUCCGCCCUACCUCUGCACAUCUGCACCGCCGGCCGUUGACGCACAGCGAGGCUGGCAGCAGGCGCUCGUACUCCCAGAGCAUUGUCUCAGACAUGCAAGGAGACGAGAUGGACACAGUCGAGGAAGAAGACGAGGAGGAGGAAGACGAAGAAGACUCCUCCAUGAACGACUUCAUCGACGACGACGAGAACGCAUCCACAUCCGCCGAUUCGUCCACACCAGCCCCUACGCCCCAGCCCUCCAACAGCCGGCCACGAGCACAGGCCAGAGCGCGUCGGGUUGUAGAGUCCGAGACUUCCUCUAACAUCUCCAGCGUCGUCGAGGAAGACGAUGAAGAAGACGAGGGUCCAGUUCCCAGAGGGCAGCGCAAUCAUUUCCAGGCACGCGUACUCAACCGAGCAAAUGGCUCCAGGUCUUCACAUGGACCAUCCUCGUCAACAUCUACAGACGCGUCGGCUGAGGAGCUCGAUGAAGAUACGCAGGCUCUGUUGAGAGAAGAAGGGUGGAUGCUGCAACACGACGAUGAUGAAAUGGGUGAAGACGAUGGGAACGAUAGCGAUGGAGGAAGAACAACCGUUGGGUGGGAGCCGCUUGCGAUUUCAAAUGACAGAGUCCGGAUGGGCGGAUCUCUAACACCUACUGCAGAUCGUCCUCGGCCUAGCGCCCCAAUCCGCCCUCCUUCGCGAGCUGGUGCCCGAAUCGUGAAUGCCUCUCGUGGCCUCCGCCGAAGAUCGUCUGUCAUUGCUCCCCCGACAGCCCCCUACGAGGACGGCGAGGCGGAUGACGACGACUCUGACCAGGACGGAGACGUCGCCAUGGCCAUGAACUCUCUUCGAACUCGGCGCUCGCAACUUCAAUUGCGAAACCAGGUGGCUUUUGCCAACCCCCCCUCUCGCUUUGCCAAUCAUAGAUUUGCUCAAGGCGGUACAGCAAAUGAGGGGGAGUUCGAGGAGCACUCCGAUAACUCGCAGCCUGGCGUCGGGCGCAGGAUUCCACGGACGAUUCGUCGAGAAUACGAUCCACGCAUCAGCAUCAUGUUCGCUGCUCAUCAGCAAGCCCUCCAAGAGCAUCACACGGCAGGCGCACUGAUAGACGUGGAACCUCGCUCUAUCACGCCACUCACUCGGCCACGGACGUCGAACAGAAACCGACCAAGUCCAGCACAGACAUAUUCGCCUUUUCGACCUCCAUCACGAUUACGGACACCACUUAUGGAAGAUGCUCUCAACUUCGGAGUGGUUUCGCGCAUGCCCAUGUCACCACCCAGGCGAAGCGCCAUGUCUCCUGCAUUCCCCACAGCAGUGAACAUGGCAAAUCACAUGAGGAACGACCGUGCACCUUCUCUCGGCUCAGCCAGUGAUGCGUCUGGUAUCAUGACGCCAGGAACCUCAACUCCUGGUUCUCAGCAUUCUAUCAACACCAUCGCACAAUCGCACACGGCCGCGAUCUUGGACAUGAUGGAUCGACCCCAAAGCCGUGUUGGCGCACGUCCUCCUUCAGCAGCGGGCAGACGAAAUUCAGCAAACUUCUCGCCAGUCUACGGCAAUGUGGGCAUGCAUGUUCAGGGCUCCGGGCUUCCACCUUUCCCGGCUGCCGGCAACCCGUGGGCAGCUUAUGUGCAAGCACAGUCGCAAUCGCGAGGCCUGAGGAACCGAAGUUCGCGACAGGUGCUGAGAGAACAAUCCUCUACGGCUACCAUAAGACCUACCAGCUCGCGAGUCAACCUCCGCGACAUCAACCUUCGGGACGUUGUCAACCCUCAGCAAGGGAUGAGACCUCAAGCAUCUCGAAUCAAUCUAAGACCACAGCCAUCUCGGCGUCAGCUUAGCAAUCAAGCAUCCACUCGCACAUUGCGAGCUAGUGAGCACGCCCGGCCUCCUCAGUCGCCAGGUCCAAAUGUACAAGGUGUUACUCAGCCUGUCAAUCGGCCCAUUCGACUCACACAGGACGAACGCAAUAGCCGAGCUCAGGAACUCAUCGAAACCAGGAUGAGAGCGCUCGGACAGCCUGGCAAUGCGCCAGCACGAACCAAUCCCUUCACACCGGGGUUCCGACGUCCGGUCGGCCCCGCUGAGAACCCAGCCAUGGCACAUGUGACCAUGACUUCAAAUCACGCGAGGAGCAACUCCAACGACUCGAUGCAUUCGGUAAACUCAUCGGGAACAACUCAGGGUGCCCCGUCGUCUCCGGCUCUCGGUCGUCGUCGUAGCAACCGGAACAUGAGCAACGGACCCCCACCAGGCGCCCUUCCACAACCUCAGGGCCCGUUUGUUGCCCCGGUUACAGCCUAUCCUAACGGAUACUACCGUCCGAGGCAAGGGUCUCUGAAUAGUCCAAAUCAAGUGUACGAGUCGCCGUUGGACGCCAACACAAGGGUUCUGAAUCCCAUGAUGGCUGGUCCGCUAAUCUAAGAAGACGAAACACCAUCACUGUAUGAGACGAACGACAUUGCAGUCAGGUUUUUUGGCGCACAGCAAGCGAUAGCGAUUAAACGAUCUUUCAUCGAGGUUUUGUUCGGCGUUCUGGAACGACUCUUCGGCUCCUUCUUUUAGCAUUGGGUUGAAACUCCCUCGACCCUACGAAUGUACAUGAUCACGACUUUUGUUGUAGUUGUUUUGCAGCGGCAUCAUCAUCAUCAUCUUCAUCAGUAUGAGCGUUUUUGAGCUUUUGUACAGCAUCUUUUUGGUGGCGUUUUUUGUGCUUUUUUGCUUUUUUCACUCCUUUUUUGGCACUAUACCAUGGCAUUUUGGCAUGACGGGU